UAUAUAUGUAUAUAUAUGUGUGUGUGUGUCGUAUGUGAGAAAGUGACGAAUUACUUUUCAUCAAAUGGAAAAUAAUUUAUUUUGAAAGCACGUAUAAAUUUCAAUAGGCGAUCACAAAAAAAUAUAUAUAUAGAAAAUAAAAAAAUUGCAAAAAAAAACAUUGUGAGAACAUAGCAUUAUAUUAAGAACGCAUAAAACUAGCGCGAAAAAAACAAUAUCAAAAUGGCCGAAGGCGGUAGUAAGCGCAUCAACGUGGUAGUUAAAACGCCAAAGGACAAGAAAACUGUUGAAGUCGAUGAAGAUUCUGGAAUAAAAGAUUUCAAAAUUUUGGUGGCACAAAAAUUUGAGGCUGAACCGGAGCAAUUGGUGCUAAUCUUUGCUGGUAAAAUCAUGAAGGACACCGACACCCUUAAGAUGCAUAACAUCAAGGACAAUUUAACAGUACAUCUCGUUAUCAAAGCGCCCACACGUACGAAUGAAGCGCCGGCACGUGCACCGGCCGAUGUACGUCAGACACCGUUUGGCCUGAAUCAUUUUGGUGGAUUGGCUGGUAUGGAAGCACUUGGAGCCGGGUCGAAUACCUUUAUGGACUUGCAGGCGCGCAUGCAGAAUGAAUUGUUAAAUAAUGGAGAUAUGUUGCGUUCACUGAUGGAUAAUCCGCUGGUGCAGCAAAUGAUGAACAAUCCCGAGACUAUGCGUCAGCUGAUCACAUCGAAUCCGCAAAUGCAGGAUUUAAUGCAGCGUAAUCCAGAAAUUUCGCAUAUGCUUAACAAUCCUGAUCUGUUGCGUCAGACAAUGGAGUUGGCGCGCAAUCCAUCGAUGUUGCAGGAGCUAAUGCGUUCGCAUGAUCGUGCUAUGUCGAAUUUGGAAUCGGUGCCAGGUGGCUAUAGCGCAUUGCAGCGCAUCUAUCGUGAUAUACAGGAGCCGAUGAUGAAUGCGGCAACCGAAUCCUUUGGACGCAAUCCGUUUGCCGGUCUAGUCGAGGGCGGCGGUGGCGGUACUGCCGGAGUUAAUCCACAGCAAGGCACGGAGAAUCGCAAUCCGUUGCCAAAUCCAUGGGGCACCGGAGGCGGCAAUCGAAGCGGCACCAAUUCCAACUCCCAAAGCAAUAAUUCGGGCCCAAACAAUCAACGUGGCGGGGAUCAGCCACCAAACAAUGUACUCAAUACACCGGCAAUGCGUAGCCUGCUUCAACAGAUGGCCGAUAAUCCAGCAUUGAUGCAAAAUCUAUUGAACGCCCCCUAUACACGUUCGAUGAUGGAAUCGAUGUCACAGGAUCCAGAUAUGGCGUCACGUUUACUUAGUACCAGCCCCCUGUUGGCGAACAAUCCACAGCUGCAGGAGCAAGUGCGACAAAUGAUGCCUCAGUUUAUGGCACAGAUGCAGAAUCCUGAUGUGAUGAACAUGCUAACCAAUCCGGAGGCAAUCAAUGCCAUCCUGCAGAUUCAACAGGGCAUGGAACAGCUGCGUAGCGCUGCACCGAAUCUAGUUGGCACACUGGGCAUACCGCCGCCGCCACCGGGCGUCAAUAACACUGAUCCGGCUAGCGGCGAUGGCACCACAACCACAAAUUCCACUAAUAGCGCCACCAAUGCCAGCAGCAUUAAUUCAACAACGCCGAACAAUGCUAGUGCCGCAAAUCCACCAUUGGCACCCGGCGGCGGACCCAAUGCCCAGCUCUUUAACGAUUUCAUGAUGCGCAUGCUCAACGGCAUGUCCAACAAUGCAGACAGUACGCAGCCACCGGAGGUGCGCUACCAAUCCCAACUGGAGCAGCUCGAUUCCAUGGGCUUUGUCAAUCGCGAUGCCAAUUUGCAGGCUCUUAUUGCAACUUUUGGGGAUAUCAAUGCAGCCGUGGAGCGUUUGCUGUCGCUGAAUCAGUUGUCCCUGAGUUAACAUUGUUAAGGCGAAUGCCUCCUGUACACGCCAAUAUCGUCUAUAUAUCUAUGUCUAUAUAUUUGUAUACGUAUAUAUAUAUGCUUUGUCUAGGUAUACAUAUAUAUAUAUUUAUAUAAAUAUAUAUAUCUAUAUAUAUGUGUGUGUGUGUCGCCAUGGGUGUGUGCGUGUGUGCGGCUGUGGGUGUGUGUGCAUAUAGAAUAGUAAUUGCUAAAUCGCGAAUUGAUUGACGGAGAAACAAAUGAGGUGCCACGCCCCCACAGAAAGAGGCUAACAGCGGAGCUGUUGUGUUUGCUGAUAAACCUUGACACACACAUACACCUUCAUAUAUAUAUAUAUAUAUAUGUAAUAAAAAAAAAAAUAAAUAUAUAUACAUAUAUAUAAAUAUAUAACAAACACACAAAACAAAACACACACACACAGACAAAUCACAUACACACAACACACACACAUCUAGCGUAAGCAAUUGAGAUGAAGAGGAAUAUUUACGCCUGGAAGCCUAUAAAUUAAUUACACACACACAGACACACAUAAUUUUGCUUCAAAAUUUCCACAAUACAAAGGAUACAAAAAAGAACAUAAACCAACUACAAAAAGAAAAAACAAAAAUGCUAAAAAAAAAAAAAAAAAAUUCAUAAAAUUAUAUAUAUAUAUGUAUGUAUGUAUAUGUAAUAAUUAUAUUUACAAAGAAUGAAAAGAAACAAAAAUAAGAACAAGCCAAAGUCUGGGGCAGAGCAGCGAUAUUGUUAAUAACAAUUGAUGUGUGGCUAUAUAUAUAGGAUUUCAAGGUGGGCCAAGGAAAUCAGAAGCUACAAACAAGUUUCUAAUUCAAAUUGUUUAAUAUAUAGUCAACAAUUAUAUAUAUAUAAAUAUAUAUAUAAAAUUUUUUUUUUAA